ACUUUCAGUCGCUGUAGAUUUCGACCAAUCGAAUAAAUGAGGCGUGUAAAUUUUAGUUUGGCUGUUUCUAUAGAGCUAUGAAUUAACUAUAUUUUCCGUAAGAAAAAGAGGAAAUUAAACAUGUACACGGUAGAUGUAAAUAUAUACCAGUGCACCGCAAAGAGACGACAAGUGUGCUAGAGAUACAGUAUUGCUUGAUUUUCUCCUUCAUUAGCGUUUUCAAUUUAUUUGUUUGGGGAAAAGAUGGAAUGUAUGGUCAAUACCGACUGUGGCGAAAAUGCCAUUUGCGAUACUGACAAUACUGAAUGUGAAUGUGAAAGUGGGUUUUACGAUUUUCCUCCAUUCACUACUGCUGAAAACCAGGGAUGUCUGGGUGAGUGUAAUGAUGUGGGAGAUCAGUGCAGAGGAAAUGCACAGUGUGAGUUGACUACGCAAGGAUACGGAAAAUGCAUAUGUCCUGCAGAAACCUUCGGGCUACCUGAAUGUCUCGAUGAUUGUGAAUCGAAUGUACAAUGCAGUUAUUGCGGUGACUGUAAGGAUGGCGAAUGUGUUUGUUUCCCGGGGUAUGAAGGAAAAUACUGUGAACUUCAAGUUAUCGAAACUACAACAGAGAGACCAGGGAUAAAUUUGGCUCUGUUGUUGGGAGCAUCGGUACUUCCUUUACUGCUUCUUGUACCAGCCGGUCUCGUGAGCGCCAUAACAUCAGGCUGAUUCAGUGCAUUGUUGUGUGAAGCCCAUUGUUAAUGGCAUGUCCUUGAAAUAAAAAAAAGAAAUUUGAAUCGUUAGAGUUCAUUUGAUAAAAUUGCGUCAAACGUUCAAUAAAGUAAGCUAAUGAGAUAUAGAAAAUUCUACUUUUGAAAUGCACCUAAUCGGUUUAAAUAACUAUAUAAUUGUCGACAUAUACACCCCUGCAAAUGUGUUCGGAAUGUUUUCUUUAUCGUUGCUAAGUAUGUAAUAAAUCC